GAUCGAAGAGGGUGGAGGAGAACAGGAGCCGGAUGAAGACCCCGCCACUGCGAUGCAGAAUCCCACCAAUGCAACCAGCACGAGGAUUUUUGGGACGAUGAGGAGACCGAAUCCUACAGCUAAGAAACGAAAGGAUGGGUACAAUUACGAAGAAAAAUACCCAGAGGAUCCGAUUUAUGAAGAGACGUCACCUAAUGCGAGGGUUUGGAGAACGUACGAAGAUGAAAGCAAGAUUCACGACGCCAACAUGGUCGAAGAAUCCCGAGAUAAUGUCGAUGUUUUACUUGUUUUUGCGGGUCUUUUCUCAGCGGUCGUGACGUCAUUUGUAGCCCAAACGUCACAGAGCCUGCAGCCAGACUACACCGCCAUGUCGGCUUCUCUACUCUAUGAAUCGGUCCUUCUUCAACGUGCCAUCGCCAACGGUUCCCCGGUCAACAGCAUUGCCUCUUCUCCCCUCAAUCCCAACAUACCUUUUGUUCCCGCUGCCACGUACGUUUGGGUGAACGGGCUCUGGUUCACGAGCCUGUCCCUAAGCCUGACAACUGCACUCGUUGCCGUCCUCGUGAAACAGUGGCUGCACCAUUAUGUUGCCCUUCCUUCAGGGACAUCGCGGGACCGCAGACUCCUUCCUGUACUUAUGCACCUCGCUCUCGCGAUUUUCCUUGGCGGCUUGGUGGUUUUCCUACAUCCUCUCCAGGUAGCUCUGUCAUGGAUCAUUUGCACAGCAACUGUCCUGUUGUACACUGCGUAUGUGACGGCAACCAUCCUCCCCAUCUUCUUCCCUCAAUGCCCUUACCGUACGCCUCUCUGUGAUCUCAUCUAUAUCUCCUUACAUCAUAUCAUCCCGCAUGUAUCAUGGAACCAAAAAAAAAAUUUCCUUCUGGCAUGGAGACGACAAAGCUUUAGCGACAUGAUGCAUUAUCUUCCAAUACUACAAACAAGGGACGCAACGCCGCUGAGGGCGAUAGAGUCUGAGUCUGUGCAGCGUGCGUCAGUCAGUUUGGCAGCUGAAGCAUUGGAUUGGCUCUUCUGGGUGUCUUCUAAUCCUAGUGUCCAAAGCAUAGUUGUACAGUCCAUUGGGGGGCUGCCG